UCACAUUCGCAAUAGUCAUCACCCGCGCUGUCAUUACAGACUCUCCACACCAAAACCCCCAGACCCAAAUCCGCCCCAUCCAAAAUGCCCCCGAAAUCUGAAACCCAGCCUCCAUCCACCGCCAUCACCACGCCCUCCGACCCAUCUACCGCCUCCGUCGACCCAAUUCUCCUCAUCCUUCGGAUCCUCCCCUACAGCUUCCUCCGCCCCCCUCGACUCCGCCUCAAGCUCCCAACCCUAACCCUCCCCUCACCCAUGACCGUCUACGCCCUCGUCCUCCUCACCUACUUCAUGGUUGUCUCCGGCAUCGUCUACGACGUCAUCGUCGAGCCCCCGGGCAUCGGAUCAACUCAGGACCGCCUCACAGGGUCUAUCCGACCCGUCGUCUUCCUCCCCGGCCGGGUCAACGGGCAGUACAUAAUCGAAGGGCUGUCGUCCGGGUUCAUGUUCGUGCUUGGUGGGAUCGGCAUUGUGCUCAUGGACUUGGCUCUGGAUCGGAAUCGGGCGAAAAGUGUGAAGGUGUCGUAUGCCACUGCUGGGAUCUCCUCUGUCGUUCUCGCCUAUGUUAUGAGUAUGCUGUUUAUUCGUAUCAAGAUCCCAGGUUAUCUUUACUAACUAGUUAGUUAUCAGCUAAAUUCGAGUUUCAAUUUGCAUUUGUGGACCUCAAUUAUGGUUUAAUUUAGACAUGGGUUAUAUAAUUAUCAGUAUAAUCAGAUUUUGAUAUAUCUAUAUGGCUCGUGAUUCGUCUUGUUUUCUUGCAUGUUUGUUGAGUGAAGAAGCAUGCUUUAUGUUUA